UCAAGUCAAACACGACCACCGACAAGAACCAAAGCCUCCGGCCACUGUCGAGUCCGACUCGACGAUGACCUUGGGCCGUUGUCGAGUUCGACUCGAUGAUGACCACAGGCCGUUGUCGAGUUCGACUCGACGAUGACGACAGGCCAAUGUCGAGUCCGACUCGACGAUGACCCCGGGCCAUUGUCGAGUUCGACUCGACGAAGACCACAGGCCAUUAUCGAGUCCGACUCGACGAUGAGCCCGGACAAUGUCGAGUCCGACUCGACGAUGACCCCGGGCCAUCGUCGGGUCGGUCUCGACAAUGUCGAGUCCAACUCGACGGCCUCGGUUCAUCGUCGGGUCGGUCUUGAUAAUGGCGCGACGAAAUCGUCGACAGCCUGGGGUCAUCGUCGUGUCGGACUCGACAGUGGCCGGAGGCUUUGGCGCGUGCCAACCGUCGUGUUCGACUCGACGACGCCGUACUGGCCACUGUCGACUUCGACUCGACGACGCCCCAUUAUCGAGUCGGACUCGACAAUGGCCCGUGGCUUUGGCGCUUGCCGCCCUCGUUUUGGACUCGAUGGCCCCCUGCUGGCCACUGUCGACUUCGACUCGACGACGCCCUACAGUCCCAUCGUCGAGUUCAGCUCGACGACGGUGGGCUGGCCAUUGUCGUGUCCGACUCGACAAUGGUCAAAGGCGUUGGAGCUGGCCGGCUAUCGACUUCGACUUGACAGUGGCCAGCCGGCCCUUGUCGAGACGAGCUCUACGAACUCGACCUUCGGCAAGCGCCAAGGCCUCUGGCCAUCCCCCGAUCGAGUCGAACUGUCGCGCUGGCCCGCCACGUUCGAGUCGAACUCGAUCGAGUCGACCUCCACCGACUCCAGCUCCAUCGAGUCGACCUCGAUCGAGUCCAACACGAUCGAGUCCAACACGAUCGAGUCGAACACGAUGGUGUCGAACACGAUCGCCUGGACUCACGAUCGGAUCGAACACGAUUGCCUGGACUCACGUUCGCCUGGACUCACGUUCGAGUCGAACACGAUCGCCUGGACUCCCGAUCGAGUCGAACACGAUCGCCAGGACUCACGAUCGACUCGAACACGAUCGAGUGGAACACGAUCGAGUCGAACACGAUGGAGUCAAACACGAUCGCCUGAACUCACGAUCGGAUCGAACACGAUCGUCUGGACUCAUGAUCGUCUGGACUCACGUUCGAGUCAAACACGAUCGCCUGGACUCGCGAUCGAGUCGAACACGAUCGCCAGGACUCACGAUCGAGUCGAACACGAUCGCCUGGACUCACGAUCGAGUCGAACACGAUCGCCUGGACUCACGAUUGACUCGAACACGAUCGCCUGGAAUCACGAUCGCCUGGACUCACGAUCGCCUGGAGUCAGGUUCGAGUCGGAAACGACCGUGUUGAAUACGACACGCACACGAGCGUCUGGACUUACGGUCGAGUUCAAUUCGGCAGCGCCGCAAAACAUGGAAGGAGAGGGGAAGGCAAGUAAACGACGAGCAAGUAAGAAUUCUGGGAGCAUGGAACAAUCUCCGAAAAAAUUGAAGGGGACGCCGGCCGCUGGGGUUUGGAGUCAGGAGGCACCGGGGUCUAAGCGGCAAUGCACCCCGGUUCCGAGGGGUGCACCUUCCACGGGCACUCCGUCGACUCAUGUUCGGGGCUCUGGACCGGAUAAGGCUGUGUUGAUGACUGGCGGGCCUGCGGGUCAGGAACGUAUGUCUGGUUCGCAGCAGGGGAGAUCUGCAGUGGAGGUUGUGCCCGGAUGUAAACCUUCUGGAGAACGUAGACCAUCUUUCGAACGUAAAGCGUCUGGUGAAACGACUGCUGCGGGUCGGCGAGACGAUGUGCCCGUGAUUGACCACAAGAACAAGUUCUGGAUGCUGGACUGGGUGGGGGAGACCGGACAACCAUCGAGUGGCCUUGUUCUGUACGUGGUCAUCAAAGACAAUAUUGUGCCGGUUGGGGGCCUUGUGAGGUGGACUGGACAAAAUGUGUCGUCUGCAACUUUCGAGUUGACGAUGGUCCUGAAUGGAAGAGGGGAAAGAAUACCAAACAUUAAACACGUCGCUCUUCGAUGGGCCAACCACGCGGGGUUCGGAAAGUCGCUGGUUGAUGUGUUCAACCCACCAGGGACAUUGACAGUGAAGUUGCCUAACCUCGUUGAUGUCCUCGGGUUUCUUGACAGUAAUGUGAUCGCGGGCAGAGAGCCAGUUGUGCAUCCAGAGGACCGCAUAUCAGAGCCUAAAUGCGUGUUUUUGAAAACCGUGGAGACAGGGUCUUCGAUCACGAUCCCCGAUACGCUGCCUGGUCCGAAAGCUCGGCAGAUCGGAGAGAAGGGUCCGUACUGCGGACUGGUUGGACAGGAUGAAGACAAUGAGCACACUAUGAGAGAAUUGGGUGGGGAGGUUGGUCUGGCAGGAGGAUAUGGGAGCAGCUACGAAGGAUGUGAGGGGGAUGUGCACGCGACAGUGGUUGUGGCUGGGCAUACAGAUGUUGCAGGGCUCGCUGAGGGAAAGAGGAAGCACAGGCGAGAGAGGAAAAGUCCAGCGAACACGGGAGACUGAGGCAAUAAAUGGAGGCGGUCCAGCGAACACGGGAGACUGAGGCAAUCGCGAAGAAAAAGCAGCAGCCAAAGAAAAGAAAGGCAAAAGGUGGUGUCAUGGAAAAGACUUCCGUUUUUCCAGCGGAACAACCRCAAUCGGAUGAAGAGGCCAAAGGCAAGACAGUUACUAGGCCGCCAAGUUUGAGAAAUGUGCCAUCAGUGACUUCUUCUGGUGUUCUCAGCAAAGGCUUCUUCCUUGAGUUGGACGAGCGUGGGAAUCAAUGUCCAGACAUGGA